AGGUGAUACACGGAUAAGUGCAUGUAUAAUUGAAUUGAAUUGGAGAGUAAAAAUACAAAAAGCAGAGAGAGGAAAUAUUUUAUUAACCUAUUAGCCCAUCUUUGACGAACGCUUCUCGCGCACAGGGUGCACAGAAGCAGGAGGAGAAAAUGGAACUGCAGCUUCAUUCGCGGGAAAUGUUUGAAUGUUUGAACAAAAUGAGGAAGGACCAAUCAUACACUGACGUCGUCCUUUGCGUAAAGGGAAAAUCUUUCCACGCUCACAAAGUUGUUCUUGCUGCUUCCAGCCGCUUUUUUGACGCGAUGUUUUCUGCUGGGAUGAAAGAAAACGCGCAGACUGAGGUGGAACUGAAAGAAGAUGGCUUGACGGAAGAAGCAUUUGAACUGCUGCUGAAUUUCAUAUACUCUUCCAUCCUUCCGCUAAAUGAAAACAGUGUUGUCGAAAUUUUGGAAGCUGCAGAUCAUUUAGAGAUUUUGAGCGUGGUUAGAAAAUGCUCCCUAUUCAUAAUAAACAAUCUCAGUGAGGAAAAAUUCGACCUGGAGACAAGACUAAAAAUCCUAAGACUGGCCGAUCGACACCACCUGGCAGAGCUACACGAAGAGAUCUUACGUGCAUUAGCGUUAAAGUUUGGAGAGAUUUGUGAGGAUAAAGCGUUCAUACAGAACAUAACCGCAGACGAGUUGCUUCUCCUUCUUUCACGCAACGAUCUAAGUGUGCCGUCAGAGACAUUUCUCUUCAAGAGCGUGAUUGCUUGGAUCAAGUUCGACGAAGAAAACAGGUUGUCGCACGCUGCCAGACUUUUCGACAAAGUGCGGUUGGUUCUCGUUGACAUUAUGGUCGUCCUUGAAGAACUCGAAUCCGAAGAGUUCAGAAAGAUUCCCGAGUGUUUCUCAUUUAUGCAUACGUGCUUGUUGCAGCAUGUCCGUCCAUUUCUGUGUUCUCCUUUCGCUCAAGAAAAAGGAAUGCCGCGUGUCUCGUCUAAGGCAAGUGUGUCCUCCCGGGUAUAAAUUUCCCAUUUCAUUAUUGACAGGUCACGCGAUCUGUUUCGUGUCACUCCCUCGUAAUUAGCCGUCUCUCUUGCGGUGCAAAUUUAGGCGCGAAGAAUGGCGGGGUGCACUAUUGGGUUAGGGGCCGGUGGUGAAGUGCAAGAGGUCAAAACGCACGUGAUCAGAUUGUGUUUGUUCACAGCGCACUAUAGUGGAUAGCACUUGCCGGCAUGAAAAUCGUACUCUAAGGGCUUCUGUUCACUCAUAAGAACGGUGAUUACUGUAGCCUGCGUAGCAGGCGCUAGGAAAUAAAUGGGCGAAAUGAAAAAAAACGCGCAGGCUAUGAUUACUGUAACGGAGCACGAUGGCGAAAGCGGAGCGUUACAUAUCGGAUAGUUUCUGUCACACUUUGGUGUAGUGUGAACAGGUAUUCAGACCGUAGGACUAGAACCCAACAGCCAACUGCUUUGGCAAAGUCUCGUGCCCAGGCCAGUUCGCGCUAUCCGAGUUACCAGAGGAGGCUUGGAACCGAGUGCGAGUUUUCCCGACAUGCUUGACAGGUGACGUCACAUCCGAAAUCGCCGAGGACGACUGGGAACGAGGCUGGCUUUGGCAUGAUAUUCGAUGUGUGUGCAGGACUUGUUCCAGUCCUGUGCCGUUGCAGUUUACACUAUGUCGAAUGGGAUAGCAUUUCGUGCUAACCGGUAUAGUGUGAACAUCGUUUUAGUGGGAGUCCAAAAGAUUUUCCAAAAGAAAUUUACCUGCACACGUGCCACGCAUGCGAAAAAGUAACCUGGAGAUUAGGAUUGUGGGGUCCUCUGGUCGCCAGCAAUGAUGUCUUUUUCCCAUGAUGAAGGUCGAUUUUAGCAAUUCGCCCGUUGCGGUCGUGAAAAUAUUUUUACCAGACUCUGGUAAAUAUAUUUUCACGACCGCAUAGAGCUAAACUGAAAUAUGGCCUUAUCUCAGGUAGCUGAAACUUUUGCGAUUUUUUCAAUGCAAUUUAUUUCAUUCAUUUAAGUAACAAAUGCUCUGUCUGAUUUUUUAUCCAGGCCCUUGUGUCGCUUUCAUUAACAGGUGGAACCAAAUUUUUCAACAUUGAGUCCAAAACCUGGGAACCACUUCAUGGCCUUAAAUUACCAAGUCUACAAAGAAAGCCAGCCAUACUUUUCACUGGUAAUCACCUUUUCCUUUUUGAUGAGAAAGACGUCCACCAGUAUCAGAUUGAUACAAGCACUUGGACAGUGCUUCCACCCAUGAAGACUGCCCAUGAAAAUUUCCAGGCCUGCGUGUGUGAAGAUUUCCUGUACGUAAUUGGUGGUGCUGAGGCCAAUCACAGUGUUAUAUCAGAGAGAUUUAGUUUCUCCAAGAAGAUGUGGCAGUACAUUUCUUUCCAUGAAGAGCUAGGCUUACAUGGUUGUGCUGUGGCUGUACACAAAGGUUGCAUUUAUUCCAUCGGAGGUUCUUGGGCAGAUGGGGGUGCUGGUCGCGAGGUCUGUAGAUUUGACCCAGCCAAAAAUGUCUGGACAAAGUUGGAAAGGACCAAACACAGCCACACCCACGCAUGCGCAUUUGAAGUCAAUGAAAGGUUGUAUCUGGCAGGUGGCAAAACAGAACCGCCAAGCAAACGUCAAAGAGGGCUUAUUCCAUCCAGGUAUGUGGAAGUUUAUGAUGAAGAGAAUGACCAAUGGCAUGACGUUCCACAACCCCGUAUACCCCCUAGUAAUUACGGGGCUAUAGAAAUCGAAAAUCAUAUUUUCUUCAUACUUGGAAACUUUGCCUACAACAGUGGGGUGAAAAUUGAGGAGAGCGAGGUUUAUCAGGUCGACUUGGAGGAGUGGGAGCCGAUGAGUCACGUGGAUGAUGACGCGGUGUUUGUCUACAUGCCAGUGAACAGAGAUGGAGCGCCUGAAAAUCCUAGUCAAACUGAGGAAGCAUCCAACGAAUUAUUGUUGGAGACGGAUAAACUUUCUGAGGACUGAAUAACGUUUAGUUGUCAGUCAGGGCCUCAUUACAUUGUAUAUAAAAAUACAGAUAUGCUCAUAACCUCGAGCGUUUUUCAUUCAAAAAUGUUCUCAUUCAUAGUUUAGCUUAGUUUUAAAUACCAUCCACUAGAACAUUUUUAAUUAGUUCAAUUUACAAUGUAAGAACGAGUCAGGUAACGAAGUACAGAACUGUUAAGUUCAUCAACAGUCACGAAAUUAUGACUUUAAUUUGAGAGACUAAUACCAAUUUGGUCAUGGUUUUCUGUGCCACACCCAAUCACGUGUGAUAAACAGUUCCAGGGGUUCAGAACCAUCUCACCAGUUAGAGUCGAACAACAUAGACUGUAUUUAACAUUCAUUGAAAAC